AUGACGGAGCGCAACUUGUGGGGAUUCUUCGAUGGGUCGGCAUCGAAGCCCACGUCGGACGCUUCAACCGCGGAGAAGGAAGCGUGGGUGCGCAAGGACAAAAAGGCGUUUGCCUUUCUUGUCUCCAAGCUAAGCCUCCAACUCGUCCCGAUCGUGAGCCCUUGCAUCGACCGUGACGGCGCGACUCGUGAAGCGUGGAAGCGACUCGAAGGAGAGCACGUCUCCAAGUCGCUUCAUAGCAAGCUUCAAGCGCGCCUCGACUUCUUCACGGUGCGGAUGAAGGACGGCGAGUCAAUGCGCGCGUACGUUAACCGCGUGGAGGAGCUUGGCGAGCGCUUGGUGGAACUCGACGCGAGCGUGGAGGACAACGAUUGGAUCAUGACGCUCCUCGCGGGCCUCGGUGAAGCAUGGUCAACGGUGAUCACGGUGUUGGAUGGGACGCAAGAUACAUGGAAGAAGGAGCAAGUGGUGGCACGCCUCAUCAACGAAGAGGCGAGGCGCGCGAAGUUGCAUGGCGAUGCAAUCGGCGCGGCACACUUCUCCCGCGAUGCGAAGGCGAAAGGGUCGGGUCACUUCAAGCGGCGCAACGACGGCAACAACCGCGGGAGUUCGAACGGGAGCGCGGCGGCCUCAAGCUCAUCACGAGGAGGAUCGGCCAACGCCAAUCGAGCUCGGGCGCGAGAGGGAGCUUGUCGGUUUUGCAAGAAGACGGGACAUUGGUGGCGCGAUUGUCCCGUUAAACCGGCAAAUUGGAGGCCGUCUUCAAGUGACGACAACCGGCGGGCGCAUGUGGCGACAUGCGACAACAACGACCGGGAGUUCGUCUUCGUCGCAAGUGGAACGACCGUCGGUGGUGUUGACGCGUGGGUACUCGAUACGGGUGCUACUCAACACAUGACGGCGAGCGCGACGCUUCUCAACAACGUGACAACGGUGGCUCCCGUUAAGCGCGUGAUGUUCGGCAACCGUGACACCUUGGAUGUCACGGGACAAGGCGACUUGCGGCUCAUGGUGGAUGGCGGUCCACUCACCAUCAAGAACGUCUUGGUGGUUCCCGGGCUUGGCGCCAACCUCCUAUCCGUUUCCCAAUUUACACGCAAGGGGAUGCGUGUGAAUAUUGAAGGGACCCCGAUGGCGUUGAGCACGGCGGACGGCGUACACAUCGGCAAGGCACGCCAAGCGGGAGGACUCUUCAUGCUCGACGCUCUUCCGAGUGUGGCGACGGCUCAAGCGGCUACCUCGACAACAACUCUCUCGACGUGGCAUAAUCGGUAUGGCCAUCUCAACCACGCCGCUAUUCAAGCUAUGGCAACAAAGGGGAUUUCGGCACGGAGUCUCCUCUCCCAUGCUCAAGCGGAAAAGCAUUGGUGGGAUGAGGCGGUUACGUUGGCAACAUGGAUUCGCAACCGGUGCGUGACCAAGGCGUUGCCGAACACGACGCCUCUUGAGGCUUGGAGCGGUACGAAGCCGGACGUCACCGACCUUCGCACGUUUGGGUGUACGUGCUACUACCAUGUCCCGGAUGCCACACGGACCAAGCUUGAGGCGAAGGCGCGGGUGGCGAUGUACUUGGGUCCAAGCGCGGAUCACAAGGCGUGGCGUGUGUGGGACUUGGAGCACGGGAAGCUCGUGGUGUCGCGCGACGUGGUGUUCUACGAAGACACCUUCCCGUCCAAGUCGAUGCACGUGCCCUCGGUCAUCAUUGACCCUCCCUCCUUGGAUGCUGCGGAUGAGGCGGAUGUUGCUCCUACGGCUUCUCCUCCUCGUACGAGUGAGGGGGAGAAUGGAUCGGGUGCGGUUGGAGUGAGUGCGGAUGACGAACAUGCCAAGGAAAGUGACCCUUCAUCUCCUCCUCCCAAAAUCACUCCCACCCUCGCAUCCACUCGCACUCGGAGGACUCCUCGUCCCAACUCCAAGUUGGAUGGCUACUCUCUUGUGGCGGGGGAUGAUGAGGGAGGGGGAGAUGCCAUGUGUCUUGAGGCAUACACCGACACACCGUCCACCUACCAAGGCGCCAUGAGCUCGGCGGAAGCGGCGGAAUGGGAACGUGCGCUUCAAGAGGAGUACGAUUCGCUCAUGGCGAACGACGUCUACGAGCUCGUCCCCAUGCCCCCGGGCGCCUACCUCGUUGGCUCUCGUUGGCGGACGUGA